AUGAGCGGCUUCAAGUUCCCUGUUGACCUCGGUCAAUUCAAGAAGAACCUCUCGCUGGAUCCCAGCAAUCCCACUCUCUCCGCAGAUCAGAAGAAGGAUCUGCUGCACAACAUCAACAUCUUCCGUGAUGCCAUUAUCGCCUUCACCGCAACCGGCGCCGCGCGUGGUGUCUCCGGCCACACCGGUGGUCCCUACGACACGGCCCCCGAGGUCUGUGUGCUGCUCGCGAUGAUCGCCAACAACAAGAACGACUUCAUCGAUACCUUCUUCGACGAGGCUGGUCACCGUGUGGCCACCCAGUACCUACUCUCUACCCUCGAGGGCCACCUCGAGCCCGAGCACCUGCUCAACUACCGCGAUGCCAACUCCAAGCUGCCCGGUCACCCCGAGCUCGGCCUCACUCCCGGCGUCAAGUUCAGCUCCGGUCGCCUUGGACACAUGUGGGGAAUGGUAAACGGUAUUGCCAUGGCCAACCGAGAUAAGAACGUCAUUCUGCUGGGCUCCGACGGCUCCCAGCAAGAAGGUAACGACGCCGAGGCUGCACGCAUUGCUGUGGCUCGCAACCUGAAGGUCAAGCUUUUCGUUGACAACAACGAUGUCACCAUUGCUGGCCACCCAUCCCAAUAUCUGAAGGGCUAUGACAUCGCCAACACCCUCAAGGGCCACGGCUUGCAUGUCGUCCGUGCCCAGGGCGAGAACAUCGACUCGCUCUAUGGAGCCAUGUGCGAGGUCAUCAACUACAACGGCCCUGCCGCCGUCGUCGUGGACCGAACAAUGGCCGCUGGCAUUGAAGGAAUUGAGGGCGAGACUCACGCCCACGAUGUCAUUACUGUCGAUAUCGCCCGCAAAUACCUCACCAAGCGCGGUUACAGCGAGCAGGCGCUUGCCUUCUACGAUCAGAUUAAGGGCCGCUCCAACCCGCACGAGUACCUGGGUUGCAGCAAGGACAAAGGUGCCAACCGCUCCAUCUUCGGUGAAGCCGUCAACGGUAUCCUCGACGGUUUGAGCAAGGAAGAGGCUGCCCGCCGCGUCAUGGUCAUUGACUCCGAUCUGGCGGGUUCCACCGGCCUCAAGGCCAUCGCUUCCAAGCAUCCCGAGUCCUUCGUGGCAUCCGGUGUCAUGGAACGCGGCAACUUCUCUGCCGCCGCUGGUUUCGGCUUUGGCAGCAACGGCAAGGACCGCCAGGGAGUGUUCUCUACUUUCUCUGCCUUCCUGGAGAUGUGCAUUUCCGAGAUUACCAUGGCCCGUCUCAACCACUGCACCGUUCUCUCGCACUUCUCGCACAGCGGUGUCGACGAGAUGGCUGACAACACCUGCCACUUCGGCCUGAAUCACUUCUUCGCCGACAACGGCCUGAUUGAAGCCGACGACUGCUCUCUCUAUUUCCCUGCAGACGGCGAGCAGAUGAAGGCUGUCAUCAAGAAGAUCUUCUGGGACCGCGGCAUGCGUUUUGUCUUCUCGACCCGCUCCAAGGUCCCCUACAUCCUUAAGGAUGGCGUUGAUGAGAAGUUGUAUGGCGGCGACUACCAGUUCGUCCCUGGUAAGGAAGAAGUUAUUCGUACCGGUACUGCCGGAUACGUCGUGUCCUAUGGUGACAUGCUGUACCGCUCGCUCGACGCCGUCGAGCGGCUCCGCAAGGAGGGUCUUAAUGUCGGCUUGAUCAACAAGCCCACUCUUAAUGUCGUUGAUCAGGAGACUCUGAAGCGAUAUGGUGAAUCUCCAUUCGUCGUUGUCGUCGAGUCCAUUUCCCAGAAGACUGGUCUGGGAUCUCGCCUGGGAACAACCCUUCUGCAGCACGGAUACACGCCCAAGUUCAAGGCCAUCGGUGCUGUCAAGGAUGGCUGUGGUGGUCUGUUCGAGCAGAUCAACUUCCAGGGUCUUUCUCCGGAGAACAUCGCUGAGGCUAUUAAGAGCGUUGCUGCGGGAAAAUAA